UUCAUUGUUGAAUUUGCGAUUUCCAGUUCGAUGUGUAAUCUUUAUGUUCAAUGGCCGAUAAUUUCUCUAAAUGAUUUAUCUUAAUAUGACAAGGAUUAAAAAGGAUUUGCCAGUAGAUUGUCGACUGUCAUGAUGAUGACUGCUAGUUACGAUUUUGACAGUAAGAUGUUGACAUGAUCAGUCCAAUCAAAGCUACUGUAGAUAUAACGUGAUUUGACAUAUAUAUAUAUUUUUCCUAUUUUUCCUAAGUCCUAAAAAUGUGGGGCUCAAAACUGAAUGAAUGGUCGCCACUGCUCCCGCAACCCCAUGUUCAUAUCAGUCGACCUCACGUGGAGUCGCGAGCCCUAGUUUGGGAAACGCGGUCAUAAACUGACGCGUUCUAGAACAGAAGACCAUUACUCGGCGCGUGGCUUGCAUGGAGAUGUCUGCUUUAUACCUCGCUCUGCUUCUGUUCUCCGAGCAUGUUAUCGACGGGAUAACCAGAUCUUACGAAGGGACUGAGUUAGCGACAACACCGACAGUCACCUCCCCGUUACCGGAGCGAUGGCGGCGGCGGGACAAGCGGGGCUUGUUGGAGUUGGCGGGCGUCGUUAAAUGCAGCACUGGGAGGUCGGCGGUGGCUUACAUCAUGUAUGGAUGUUACUGCGGGCUGGGAGGCCAGGGAUGGCCCCGAGACAAGGCUGACUGGUGCUGUCACAAGCAUGACUGUUGCUAUGGGAAGGCUGAGAAUCUGGGUUGUCAGACCAAGACGGACAAAUACCAGUGGACCUGUGAGAACAAGAUGUCCAACUGCGAGUCUCUCAAGAACAGAUGUGACAAGAUUCUGUGCAGGUGUGACCGGGAGGCGGCCAGGUGUCUGAGGAGAGCUCCCUUCAUCCCUAAAUACUCUGUCUGGCCCGACUUCAUGUGUGGAUAUGAACAGCCCACCUGUACCCGUCACUGAUGCUGUUACACAGUGUGUGUGUGUGUGAGAGAGACUAGUGUUUUCUCUCGUUUGUCCUGGCUAGUGGUGUGUGUGUAAUAAAGACCUACAGUACUUUA